AUGAAGUCUUCCCUCUUGAUGCUUACCCCCGCCACGGCGGCAUUCGCUUCCGCUUUUCCCGACUGCAGUCAACCUUGCAUUGCUCCCGCUCUCGAUUCGUCCGGAUGCCGCACACUUGCGUGCCUCUGUGAGAGGACUCACGAACUCCAGACCAUGUUCGAGUGCUUCAUGGCCAACUGCAAUGCCCAAGAGUACCAUCCUGCCAUCACCCGCAUCUCCAACGACUGCAUCAACUAUGGCCCUCAUGCUCAGUACCCGGUUCCGAUGCGCUACAUUUCUGGCUCUUCGAACGUUGCCUCUCCCUCUGCCGUUGACCGCAUGCCCUACUCACUCAACCCAACUUUGCACCUCUUCACCACCAAUCCCACCUCAAUCAAGGAUGAUUGCCCUGACGGUAGCGGAAAUGGCAACGGCAACGGUAACGGUGGUGCCGGUCUUGGUGCCGGUGGUCUGCCUCCCGGUUUCCCCUUUGGUCCUGCAGGAAGUGGCGCUGGCGCUUACGGCAAUGGAGCUGGCAAUGGCGGAAGUGGUGGCAACGGCAACGGCGGCAAUGGUGCUGGCUCUGGUCUUGGAGGCUUGGGUGCCGGAGCUGGAACUUAUGGCAACGGUGCUGGCAAUGGAGCUGGCAACGGUCUUGGAGGCAAUGGCAACGGCGGUUUCGGCAAUGGUGCUGGCGGCCUGGGUGAUGGUUCUGGUGCUUAUGGCAAUGGCGCAGGAGCUGGCAACGGUGCUGGCAAUGGUGCUGACAAUGGAGCUGGCAACGGUCUUGGAGGCAAUGGAGGCAAUAGCAAUGGAAAUGGAAAUGGUGCUGGUAAUGGCAGCCUGGGCAAUGGUGCUGGCAACGGUCUCGGAAAUGGCAAUGGCGGUGCGGGCAACGGUAACGGAGGCAUGGGAGACUGCAGUGGCAUGGGCGGAGGUGCCGGAAGUGCCGGAAGUGCCGGAGGUCCUGAUGGCGGUGCUGGAGGUCUGGGCAACGGCGCUGGCGGUCCCGCUGGCGCUGGCAACGGGAAUGGAAAUGGCAAUGGUGCUGGUGCUGGUAACGGAAAUGGUGCUGGCAACGGCAAUGCAAACGGCGCCGGUAAUGGCAGUGGCGGCAACGGUGGUGAUGGGGCUGGUAAUGGCGUUGGCGCUGGCGGCCCUCCAGCACCUACUCCUUGUCCUCCUGGUGGCGGCCCAUCAUCAUUCCUCGUCCUCACUGUCACCGUCCCUCAACCUGCGCGAAUUAUGGAGAAAAAGCAAUACUGGAACGCCAAUGUCAUGGCCUAUGGUGGUCCCGACGAUGGUUCUGGUGCCGCACCGGGCAGCGGCGGCUCAGGAGUAGCGCCUGGCAACGGCAACGGCGGUUCUGGAGCGGCGCCUGGCAACAACGGCAAUGGUGGCUCCGGAUCAGCUCCCGGCAAUGGAGCAGCUCCCGGCUCAGGAACAGCCCCCGGUAAUGGAGGCUCCGGAGUGGCGCCCGGUAAUGGCAAUGGAGGCUCGGGCGCAGCACCAGCGAACGGUGCGCCACCAGCACAGGUUACUCAAUCUCCGGCGGACACCAACACGCCCUCUCUCAGCCUUCUGCUCAUUCCUGUCACCGUCAUGAUCGGCUGGGGAUCUCUUUUGCUUUUCGUCUAG